ACUUCUACAUUCUGAACCUUCUUCAGCUCUGAACAGAUGAUGAAACACUGAAUGAUUUCAAGCUCACACUUUGUCUAAUAAACUUACAUCUUUCAUUCUUUAUACAGAUUGAGGAGCUGUGAUUUGUCAGAGAUCAGCUGUGAUUAUCUGGCAGCAGCGCUGAAGUCCAACCCCUCCCACCUGAGAGAGCUGGAGCUGAACUCCAACAACAAGCUGCAGGAUUCAGGAGUGAAGCAUCUGUGUGGUUUCCUGGAGAGUCCAGGAUGUGGACUUGAAACUCUGAGAUUGAUGGACUGUGGUUUGUCAGAGAUCAGCUGUGAUUAUCUGGCAGCAGCGCUGAAGUCCAACCCCUCCCAUCUGAGACAGCUGGACCUGAGCUACAACAACAAGCUGCAGGAUUCAGGAGUGAAGCAUCUGUGUGGUUUCCUGGAGAGUCCAGGAUGUGGACUUGAAACUCUGAGAUUGGGACGCUGUGGUUUGUCAGAGAUCAGCUGUGAUUAUCUGGCAGCAGCACUGAAGUCCAACCCCUCCCAUCUGAGACAGCUGGUGCUAAGACUAAACUACCUGAAGGAUCCAGAUGUGAAGCAGCUGUCUGAUCUUCAGCAGAGUCCAGACUACAGACUGGAGACUCUGAGGUGGAGGUGAUGAUGGUAAACAGGACGGUGUGUGUGCUGAGAGAGGAGCAGCUGUGUCCUGAUG